CGCAGUUGCCUCUGUCCUGACACCGCCCUGUUCCUCGCCCUGGGUUACAUGCGGCUGCCUGAGCUGCUAGCCUACUGGCGCAUAUGCCGCCUCCUCGGCGAGGCCGUCGCGGGGGACCUCCACCUGUGGCGUCGCCUCGCGGUAGAGCGGCCGCUCAGCGGCUGGUUGACCGACCAAGUCCUCCUCAAGUUGACUGCGAGGGCGGAGGGGACGCUGCGGUCUCUCCGCCUUUUCGGGUGCCUCCACGAAUCCGACGCUGGCCUGCUCCGCGUCGUCGAGCACAAUCCCCGCGUCACCGAGAUUUAUGUGCCUGCAUGUGCAGGCUUGACUGGUGAUGGGGUGGUCAAAAUUGUUCAGCUUCUGCACGAACGCAAGGGAAAUAUAAGUCGUCUCCGACUUGAUGGUAUCAGCGGGAUGAGUAAGCAUCAUCUUGAUAUUAUCAUGUCUCUCAUGUGCAAAGGUAACCCACAAGGGCAACAAGAUAGAAGCCCACUUUUUUACAACCAUAGAGCCCGUGAAGCGCUGGACACCAAUGAUGAACGCCCUAUUGAUGUUGAUCUUUGCCCUGUGUGUGCGAACGUCAGGCCUGUGUUUGAUUGUACGAGGGAUGACUGUAGGUCUAAUGACUUUGACCUGAAGCAAUUAAGGUUUGUACACCUCCAUAUUGACAAUUUGGUUAUAUUUCAGGAAAGUGAGGGACAGCUUGUGGCGGUGCCAAGGCUGCUACUUCUGCUUUCCUAGAUGCGAAAAAUGUGGUGG